AUGGGGAUACUUCGCAGCCGAAAGAGUCUUAGCAGUUCACAGCCGUCGAAAUCAUCGGCACUCGGAACCACGACAGGAGUUUCCGUUUCUUCUCUAUCAUUGCUCUCUGGAAGCUUUCCAUUGAAUUACAAUGAUGACGGCAAUGUAAUCCAAAUCCUUUCCACGGUCCAAGUUCCAUUUGAAAUGAGGUCCUCUACUAUUACGGUAGCCAAUGAAAAACCUACAAUGUUGCAAACCUGCCGUGUGUCUUCCCUCUCUGAUGUUGACGAUACGGCAAAAGAGUAUGAAGACGAGGUGGAAAAUAUUGACAUCGCUUCCUUUGCAGAACACUUGAAUCAACAAUGGCAAAGUGAUCCACAGUCCAUGGUUCAAACAGCAUCCAGUCGCCCACUGAACCUGGAGGAUUGCAAACUUGUCGUUCAACAAAUGAUGGCGGACCCAAAACAUUUGCAGCGAAUUUUGAUUGCUCGCAAGUACGACUUGCAAGACUCUGCUUCCUUAUUUUUUGAACAAGUUCGCUUCCGUGCUAGAUGGAAGCCGCAGGAAAUUAAACCGAAGGACAUUCCAAAUGCACUGCCAUCUGGAGCUUGGAGAUUGUGUGGAUACACCAAAGAGGGGUGUGUGGUGUCCAACUACAAGCUGCAGUAUUGGGAUCCCAAUGCCUACGGUGGGGCAAACGAUGGCAAUAAGGGAAAGGAUUCUUUUGAUGACGGAGUAGACGAAUACGUUCGAUAUGUCUCCUUCAUGCUGGAACUCAUGAUUCACAACAUGAAACCAGAACCAGUUCCGCAGAAAUUUUGUUUGAUUUUCGAUCUGAAAGGAUUCACACCGUCUCUGGUCUUUCGAAAGAAUGUACGAGCCAUGAUUGUAAAACUCAUAUAUGUGGCGCAAUCCCAAUAUCCGGAACGGCUGCGGAAAGUAAUGCUCGUGAACUCUCCAUUGGGAUUCGAAUCGGCCUGGAGAUUGAUCAAGCCUAUGCUGGACGAAAAGACGGCCGCAAAGGUUGGCUUUUGUGCCAAACUUAUAAAUCUGCAAGAGGAUAUGGAUAUCUCGGUCUUGCCAAUAGAAUAUGGUGGGACACAUCCGGAAUACCUAUUGCCAUGUUAA